AUGCAACGCACCGCUUGGUCCAAAGCUGCAGGCUCUGUACCUUCUGAUCGUCUACGUCCUGCGCAACGCCCACAACAUGUCCCCCAAAAACAAAGCAAAGGAAAGGGUAAAACUCAAGAACCUGCCAAAAGCAAAGCGAUCUGUAAGCUCGAAUCUCUCGCCGAGGGCGUUCGCAAGUCGUCUGGCAGAGAGAAGGAUCCGAAGGGCGGAUGUUUCUGCCAAGCAAGAGAACAUGACCUUUCCCCACACACUCCCAUAUGCCGCAGUUGCGGAUUGAUCUUAUGUGCAAUCAACUUGCCCUACUACGCAUGCCCGCACUGUUCUGCCGUGCUUCUCUCAGACAUCGCGCGUUCCUCGCUGUCUACCCGCCUUGAUGAGGAGAUAUCCAAGCAAUUAGCAAAGGAGGAAGAGGAGAGGCUGCGAGUCGUCCAGCAAGCACGCGAUGCGGAGGGGGCGUUCCCUGUUCUCCCUGGUUCUGUUACACCACCAGUUCUGUCGAGCACGCAUUCUCGUCCCACAGCUCAGACCCACAAAAUAUUAUCUCUGAACUCCAAGACCAAGAAAUACACCGUUUCGUCGUACACGAACACCCCUGUCUCAUCCCGUCCGGCAUCUCGUGCUGAGUCCGAGGUUGAAGAGGUUCACAGAGUCGGGGCACCUCCUCUAGAGGUUGACUUUGUGAGGAGAGCACCUGACCGAAAUCACCCGUGGAGCAAUAUGCGCAUGGAAGUGCUAUAUGUUCCCGUGAAAUAA